AUGCCUAGGUCGAGGUCACGCUCGCGAUCGAGAGAAAGAGAGAGGGAAAGGGACAGGAAGCAUCAUCAUCGAGAUCGUUCUCGUUCUCGUGAUCGAGCUCGAGAGAGAGACAGAGAUAGGGAGAGGAGAUAUAAAGACAGAUCAGCUUCCCCUUCACAUGAGAGAGAACGAGAUCACAAGAAAUCGAAAAAACGAGAAACGACCCCAUCUGAUGAAGAAGAUGGAGUAGACUUGAGAGAUAUGGGAGUGAAAGAGAUUGACGAAGAGGAUUAUUUCUUGAAAUCUGCCGAGUUCAAAGCUUGGCUCAAGGAAGAAAAAGGAAAGUAUCUCGACGAAAUGUCCUCCGAAUCUGCCCAUAAAUACUUCAGGAAGUUUGUGAGGCGAUGGAAUGAUGGUCUACUGAAACCACAUCAGUAUCAUCCUGCUCCUCCGACGGCAGCAUCUGAAAAUACAGGAUACAAAUGGUCGUUCGCUUCGAGGACAGACUCUUCUUUAGCGUCUAUACGAGCUGAUGUCAUUCGUUCAACCCAUUCUUCAACUCGCUCUGCUUCUGGUCCCAAUCCUGGUAGUAGUAUCAUCGUCGGACCUAAUUACAACCCAACUUCUAUUGCUGGACCAUCGAGGGGUCCUCUGGGACCUUCAUUACCUAGUACAUCAGAUCGACAAUACGCUUCAGAAUUAGCUCAAGACGCUAAGAAGGCGGAGAAAAAAUCACAUCUCAAAGAUGUAUACAACCGAGCCGAUGAAUUAGUUCCUAAAAGCGGUGGGAAGGAAGGUAAAUUAGAAGAACGAAGAGCAUUAAAUGCCGAAAAUAGGAAAUUCAGAGAUAAAGAUGUUACCGCUGGUUUAGAAGUUGAUGAAGGCACUUUGAUGGGUGAAGGUGGUAGUUUCGCAGCUGCGCUCAAAGCGAGGGAAUUGGCAGAAGCUCGAAGAAAAGACAAAAAAGACUUUGCAACCCAAGAUAGAAGAUCUGCGGACUCAGAGAGACUGAUGGAAAGGAAAGCUAAAGAAUCUGCUACUAUGGACAUGUUCAAAGCAAUGGCAAGAGAGAGGUUCGGAUGA